AUGCUCGUUUUCUACAAAAACCACCGCAAAACCAUUCUCAAGAGCUCGUAUGUGCUGUUGCUGCUGGCGAUGUUCCGCGGGCUCAAGACCGGGCCGAGUCGCAGGCGCGAGGGCAUGGGGUCGGGCGCGAACAAGCGCGGCCGCGUGCGCACCGAGAGCGAUGUGAGCUCGCAAUUAAGCGACGAGGACGCGCGGCAGGGCGGCGGCUCCGCCGCCGCCGCCAGCGCCAGCGCCGAGCGGGGCGCUCGUGUGGAUCUCGACGUAGACGCGGAGCCUGAACCCGAGGAUGCGCAUACCGCGCCCCCCAAGACGUUUCUGCUCAAGCUGAUCGUGCGAGACCGACGGUGCCUCGCGAUCUUUGCGUUUCAGGCCGCGUUGCUCGUGGCACGCACCAUCCUGUCGCUUCGCGUCGCCACGCUAGAUGGGAUUCUCGUGUCGCGGCUCGUCAAGGCUCAGUACAGCAAAUUUCUCCAGGCGCUGCUGGGCCAAUGGAUGGUGCUGGGGAUCCCAGCCAGCGUAGUCAACUCGCUCAUCCACUACUGCACACGCCUCUGCGCCGUCACCGUCAACCGCCUCGUCUCAAACCAUUUGCUCGAUAGGUACAUGUCCUCCCAUCACACCUUCUACGCCGUCAACAACCAGUCCCAAAGCAGGGCCAUCCCAACCAACACGAGCGCGCUUGCUCUAACUUCUGCUGGCGGCGCUCCGUCCUCAGCAGCUGCCGCGGCUGCCGCCGACGCGGUGUCUGCAGCCAGUUCCAACGACCGCACUGCAGAGAUGGCGCGUUCCGACCUUUCUGUUCAAUAUUUGACCCGCGAUGUGGGCGCUUUUUCCUACAAUCUGUCGGUACUAUUGAACCAAUUGCUCAAGCCCACCCUCGACCUCCUUCUGUGCUCCUUCAAGCUCGCCUCUAGCGCGAAUAAUGGCAUGAUGGGCGAAGGUACCGUGGCUCUCGGCAUAAUCGUCCACGUCAGCAAUCUGUUACUCAAGAUGAUUCAACCCAAUUUUACCAAACUGGCCAUUCAACGCACGCACCUCGAAAGCGUGUUUCGCAGUCUACAUUCCAAACUUCACUCCAGCAGUGAAGAAGUGGCUUUGCUAAAGGGCCAAUCCACCGAGCUAUGGAACCUGGAUUACCGUUUCUACCAGCUCGCAAUUUUCCUCCACCGCGAACUCAAGUCUCAUGCCCUCUACGAUUUCGCCACCACUUUUGUCAUUAAAUACACUUGGGGUGCCGCAGGCCUUGCCUUGUGCUCUAUACCCAUAUUCUUCAAAGGUGAUCAAGCACAAGACAUCACUGCUGAGUUUAUCACCAACCGAAGAUUACUGCUCACAGCCUCUUCUUCCAUUGGACGGUUUGUGCAAUUGAAGAAGAGCAUACAGCAAUUGCGUGGUGUCUCUGUCAGGCUAACUCAAUUUAACAACAGGCUUGAUAUAGGAAACGCCGCUGCCAACGAUGCGCAAUUUGAGUCUCUAAUUGAAUACGACGACUCCAAGAUCCAAUUCAUCAACGUGCCGCUUGUCACUCCUACUUUCCAGCUGCUAAUUCCGGAGCUCAACUUCGAACUUAAACAUGGUGAUCACUUACUCAUCAUCGGACCCAACGGUUGCGGUAAAUCCUCUUUGUUCCGCGUACUGGGUGGCUUGUGGCCCGUCGUAAAAUCCUUUACACAUCCAGAAAAAGAGACUAAGCUCAUCAUGCCCAGGCGUGUGGGGCCCAAUGGUGAAAAACCCAUCUUUUACUUACCCCAAAAGCCCUUCAUGGGCAGUAAAUUCACUUUCCGUGAACAAAUGAUAUACCCAGACACUAUUGAGAACUUUGAAGCCAAAUUCGCCAACGAUUACGAAAAUGGUGACAAUGUAUUAUGUGAAAUCCUGCACGUCCUGGAAUUGGAUGAUCUCCUCACUGAGAAUAUGUCUAUAAUAAUGGCUUCGUCCACAAUUGAUCAAAAUGAAUCAGAAGUAUCCACCAGGGAAGCAUUUGACGUGGUCAGAAAUUGGUCCGAAGAGUUAUCCAUCAGCGUACAGCAGCGUCUUGCCAUGGCACGCAUGUAUUAUCACAAACCGAAAUUUGCUGUUCUUGACGAAUGCACAUCUGCUGUAUCGCCCGAAAUGGAGCAAAAAAUGUACCGCCACGCACAACAAUUGGGUAUUUCUUUGAUCUCUGUUUGUCACCGCACAACCUUGUGGCAUUUCCACAACUAUCUUUUAAAAUUUGAUGGCAAAGGUUCUUGCCAAUUUGGACCUUUCAAUCCGGAACAACGUUUAAAAGAUGAGGAAAGGUUGAUUGAGCUGAGCUCACUUCUGGAAAAAGACGUUCCAAUAUGGACUAAGAAAUUGGAUGAACUCAUUAUUGCCAAGAAAUCUAAUGUCAUCCGCAGGUCACAAACGGAUCUCAGUUCACUAGCAUCGACGGGGAACUUGUUGUUAAAUCCACCUACUUCAACUAGAUAA